AUGAAAAUACUUUUGAUUUUCGUCACGAUUUUCAUCGCAGUUCGUGCUGAAACAAUCAAAUGCAAUUCCCAGGUUAGUUUUUGGGCUUUCAGAUCAAAGAAUUGGUCCUUUGGGCUUAUAAAAAUCAAUGUUUUCAGUUGAGCGAAGUCUUAAACGAAGGUACACAUCUCAAAUUUUUCACAUUGGGCAAAUUCAUCUUCGAGGGAAACAUUACGUUCAGAUAUAGAGCCUUGGAUGGUCCAGCGGAUGGUACGAUCAAAUUAUUCUCGACAAUGGGAUCAGAAACCCAUCCAAAUGAUAGGAAUUCGUUGAGUAUUACUUUUACAUUGAAAGAGGGAACCGUAUUGAGAAGCACUAAUGACAAGGUAACAAAAAAUGACGAUAGGUUUCUCUGGGGAUUUCAAAAUCUAAAAAAAUCUUUUCGAAUUUUGUUCCAUUUUUUGUAAGAAAAAGGCGGAAAGUUCGAAUUUCGGAGUCGAAAAUUAAUUUUAGAUGAUUUUUUUUCCCAGGGAGAAAAACAAAUUGAAAUAAAACAUCUGGCAAAUCCAUUGAAAUAUGAAACAAGAACAGGCAACAUUCUUCGAAUUCAGUGAGUUUUACAACAACAACAACAAAAUAAUCUGGGUCGAAAACAAGCGUGUUUUCCAGAAUCCUCAAAAACUACCACAAGAUCUACGUGAAUGAGAAUGAAACUCCAUUUGUUGUUUUUCCGAGAUUUGAUAAGGGAGAACCUGUCAAAUAUCUCGGACUUCUGGGCAACUUUUAUCCAAGCAAAAUUUAUUUGUAAGUUUUUCAAAAAAAUGCGGAAAAUUCGCAGAUUUUGGAUCGAGCUUCUCAAAUUUUUCCACUCAAAAACAAUUCUUCCAGGGACUGCACAAAGGCAAGACAAGAUGUCAAAUAG